CCCCCGGAGCCCCAGCCGGACCCCGCCAUGCCGGUGACGGAGAAGGACCUGGCGGAGGACGCGCCGUGGAAGCGGAUCCAGCAGAACACGUUCACGCGCUGGUGCAACGAGCACCUGCGCUGCGUCAACAAGCGCAUCGGCAACCUGCAGCACGACCUGAGCGACGGGCUGCGCCUCAUCGCGCUGCUCGAGGUGCUGAGCCAGAAGCGCAUGUACCGCAAGUACCACGCGCGGCCCACCUUCCGCCAGAUGCAGCUCGAGAACGUCUCCGUGGCCCUCGAGUUCCUCGACCGCGAGAGCAUCAAGCUCGUCUCCAUCGAUAGCAAAGCCAUUGUGGAUGGAAACUUAAAGUUGAUCCUUGGCCUAAUAUGGACCCUCAUCCUCCAUUAUUCCAUCUCCAUGCCCGUAUGGGAAGAUGAAGGUGAUGAUGAUGCCAAGAAACAGACCCCUAAACAGCGAUUGCUGGGAUGGAUCCAGAACAAGAUUCCUUACUUGCCCAUCACAAACUUCAAUCAAAACUGGCAGGAUGGCAAAGCACUGGGUGCCCUUGUUGACAGUUGUGCUCCAGGUCUCUGCCCUGAUUGGGAGGCCUGGGACCCUAAGAAACCAGUUGACAAUGCUCGGGAAGCUAUGCAGCAAGCGGAUGACUGGCUGGGUGUGCCACAAGUCAUUACCCCUGAAGAAAUUAUUCACCCAGAUGUGGAUGAGCACUCUGUAAUGACUUACUUAUCACAGUUUCCCAAAGCAAAACUCAAACCAGGUGCUCCACUGAAGCCUAAGCUGAAUCCAAAGAAAGCAAGAGCUUAUGGGAAAGGAAUUGAGCCACAUGGAAACAUGGUAAAGCAACCCGCCAACUUUACUGUAGACACUAUCAGUGCCGGGCAGGGAGAUGUGAUGGUCUUUGUAGAAGAUCCAGAAGGCAACAGGGAAGAGGCAAAGGUAAUACCUGACAAUGACAAGAACAAAACGUACUCUGUACAGUAUGUGCCAAAAGUUACUGGACCUCACAAGGUUUCAGUUUUGUUUGCUGGGCAGCAUAUUUCAAAGAGUCCAUUUGAAGUAAAUGUGGACAAAGCCCAGGGAGAUGCUAGCAAAGUAACAGCAAAAGGGCCAGGCUUGGAGGCAGCAGGGAACAUUGCCAACAAACCCACCUACUUUGAUCUCUACACAGCAGGUGCUGGUGUGGGGGAUAUUAAUGCGGAAGUAGAGGAUCCUCAAGGAAAAAAUACACUGGAAGUUACAAUUGAAGACAAAGGGAACCAAACCUAUCGUUGCAUCUACAAACCUACUCAAGCUGGUCCUCACUCUGUCAGAGUGACAUUUGCUGGAGAGCCUAUUCCAAGAAGUCCCUUUGCUGUCUUUGUUGGUGAAGCUUGCAAUCCAAAUGCUUGUCGUGCCAGUGGUCGAGGCCUGCAACCUAAAGGAGUACGGAUUAGAGAAACUGCAGACUUCAAGGUUGACACUAAAGCAGCUGGGAGUGGAGAGAUCAGUGUGACCAUAAAAGGACCAAAAGGGUUGGAGGAGCUUGUGAAACAAAAAGACUUUGUGGAUGGGGUACAUGCCUUUGAGUAUUAUCCAGCCAGCCCGGGGAAAUAUGUUGUCACUAUUUUAUGGGGUGGACACAAUGUCCCCAAGAGCCCCUUUGAAGUUCAAGUAGGUCCUGAAGCAGGUCCUCAGAAAGUAAGAGCCUGGGGACCAGGACUUCAUGAAGGGAUUGUUGGUAAAUCUGCUGAUUUUGUGGUAGAAUCCAUUGGCACAGAAGUUGGCUCUCUUGGCUUUGCAAUUGAAGGCCCAUCUCAAGCUAAAAUAGAAUGUGAUGACAAGAAUGAUGGCUCAUGUGAUGUGAAGUACUGGCCUAAAGAGCCUGGUGAAUAUGCUGUUCAUGUUAUGUGCGACGAUGAAGACAUAAAAGACAGUCCUUACAUGGCUUUCAUCCGACCAGCUUCAGGAGACUUCAACCCAGAUAAGGUGAAGGUUUAUGGUCCAGGAUUGGAGAGAACUGGCUGCAUUGUAAACAAUCCUGCUGAGUUUACAGUUGAAACAAAGGAAGCCGGGAAAGCUCCAUUGAAGAUUUAUGCACAGGAUGGUGAAGGAUGUCCUAUUGACAUACAAAUGAAGAGCAAACCAGAUGGAACUUAUGCCUGCUCUUACCUUCCAGUUAAACCAAUCAAACAUACCAUUGCUGUGAUCUGGGGAGGAGCCAAUGUACCUAAUAGCCCGUUUAGGGUCCUGAUAGGCCAAGGCAGUCAUCCUCAGAAAGUGAAAGUGGUCGGCCCUGGUGUUGAGAGAACUGGUCUGAAAGCCAAUGAGCCUACUCACUUCACAGUUGACUGCACGGAUGCAGGAGAAGGUGAUGUCAGUGUUGGCAUUAAGUGUGAUGCUCGUGUGAUAAGUGAGGAGGAAGAAGACAUAGACUUUGACAUCAUACACAAUGCUAAUGACACAUUUACAGUGAAGUACAUGCCACCAGCUGCUGGGCGGUACACUAUCAAAGUGCUUUUUGCAGGAGAGGAAAUUCCUGCCAGUCCUUUCAGAGUUAAAGUGGAUCCAUCACAUGACGCCAGCAAGGUGAAAGCUGAAGGACCUGGACUAAACAAAAGUGGUGUGGAAAAUGGCAAACCAACACACUUCACAGUAUUCACUAAGGGUGCUGGGAAAGCACCACUGGAUGUGCAGUUCAGCGGACCUAUGCCAGGAGAGGCUGUGAUGGACAUGGAUGUCAUUGACAACUAUGAUUAUUCUCAUACUGUCAAGUAUACCCCAAUACAGCAGGGUCCAAUGAAGAUUUCACUAACCUACGGUGGUGAUCCUGUCCCCAAGAGCCCUUUCACUGUGGGUGUUGCUGCACCACUAGACAUGAGCAAAAUUAAAGUUAAUGGACUUGAAAACAGGGUAGAGGUAGGGAAGGAUCAAGAAUUCAUAAUUGAUACAAAAGGAGCUGGUGGACAGGGUAAGCUGGAUGUUAAUAUUGCCAGUCCUGUGAGGAAAGCUGUGCCAUGUUUGGUGGAGCCAGUUCUAGGCAAAGAGUGCAGCACUGCAAAGUAUAUCCCCAGAGAAGAAGGACUUUACAAGGUGGAUGUGAGUUACGAUGGCCAUCCAGUUCCAGGAAGUCCCUUCACGGUGGAAGCUGCUCUGCCUCCAGAUCCUACCAAGGUAAAAGCUCAUGGUCCAGGCCUUCGAGGAGGCCUUGUUGGAAAACCAGCUGAAUUCACUAUAGAUACUAAAGGCGCAGGAACUGGAGGUCUCGGUUUGACAGUAGAAGGCCCCUGUGAAGCUAAAAUUGAAUGCUCAGACAAUGGGGAUGGAACAUGCUCAGUCUCCUAUCUUCCAACUAAACCUGGAGAGUAUUUUGUAAACAUUCUCUUUGAAGAAGUGCACAUCCCUGGUUCUCCAUUUAAAGCAGACAUCGAGAUGCCCUUUGAUGUCUCCAAAGUAAUUGCUACGGGCCCAGGUCUUCAACAUGGGAAAGUGGGCGAACCAGGACUACUGAAUGUUGACUGCACAGAAGCUGGGCCUGGUGACUUGGGUGUGGAAGCAGUGUCAGAUUCUGGAUCUAGAGCAGAUGUCCAAGUUCAGGACAAUAAAGAUGGAACUUACACCGUCACAUAUGUGCCACUGAUUGCUGGAUUGUACACGAUAAAGAUGAAAUAUGGAGGAGAACAAGUGCCAAAGUUCCCUGCCCAUGUCAAAGUUGACCCAGCUGUGGACACGAGCAAAGUCAAAGUGUUUGGACCAGGAGUUGAAGGGAAAGAUGUCUUCAGAGAAGCUACCACAGAUUUCACAGUAGAUGCCUCACCCCUAACAAAGACUGGAGGAGACCAUGUCAAAGCACAAAUUACAAAUCCUUCUGGAGCGCCUACAGACUGCCUGGUCAAAGACAAUGCUGAUGGAACCUAUGCGGUAGCAUUUACACCCUUUGAGAAAGGCCCACACAGAGUUGAAGUGACUUAUGAUGAUGUACCUGUUCCAAACAGUCCGUUUAAAGUGGAUGUGACUGAAGGCUGCCAUCCUUCACGUGUGCAGGCCGAAGGACCUGGACUCCAAGAGGCUUUCACAAAUAAGCCAAAUGCAUUUACUGUUGUCACCAGAGGGGCAGGGAUUGGUGGACUUGGAAUAACUGUUGAAGGUCCUUCAGAAUCAAAAAUAAGCUGCAAAGAUAACAAAGAUGGUAGUUGCAGUGCUGAAUAUAUCCCUUAUGCUCCAGGAGAUUAUGACGUGAAUAUCACAUAUGGAGGAGAACACAUACCUGGAAGCCCCUUCAAGGUUCCUGUGAAAGAUGUCAUUGAUCCCUGCAAGGUAAAGGUUGUGGGACCAGGCUUAGGAACAGGUGUGAGAGCCAAAACGCCGCAGUCCUUUACUGUAGACGCGAGUAAGGCUGGAAUAGCACCUCUUGAGGUUGUCGUGGCUGGACUUAGAGCUGAUGAGACGGAUUCCCAGUCAUGGCGCUCUCCAUUGAAAGCGAUUUCAGAGUUCUUUAAGGGUGACCCAAAGGGUGAAUCUAACGAGACAGGAGUGGUGGAGCCUGUUAAUGUAGUUGACAAUGGAGAUGGCACUCACACGGUAACAUAUACACCUAUGCAAGAGGGCCCAUACACAGUCUCAGUUAAAUAUGCUGGUGAAGAGAUUCCUCGCAGUCCUUUCAAGGUAAAAGUGCUUCCUACAUAUGAUGCCAGUAAGGUGACUGCAAGUGGGCCAGGUCUCAGUUCGUAUGGCAUACCAGCCAGCCUACCAGUAGAGUUUGCUGUUGAUGCUAAAGAUGCAGGGGAAGGGCUUCUCUCUGUGCAGAUAACUGAUCAAGAAGGCAAACCGAAGAGAGUUGAUGUUCACGAUAACAAAGAUGGCACUUACGCAGUAACUUAUGUCCCAGACAAGACGGGCCGCUAUACAAUUGGUGUUAAAUAUGGUGGAGAUGAGAUCCCGUCUUCUCCUUACCGAAUCCGUGCAUCGCCAGCUGGGGAUGCCAGCAAGUGUUCAGCAACAGGUCCUGGCAUUGCAUCCACCGUGAAGACUGGUGAGGAAGUUGGUUUUGUAGUAGAUGCUAAAUCUGCAGGGAAGGGGAAAGUAACUUGCACAGUUUUGACACCUGAUGGUACAGAAGCUGAAGCAGAUGUUAUUGAAAAUGAGGAUGGGACUUACGAUAUCUUUUACACUGCUGCUAAGCCAGGAACCUAUGUGAUUUAUGUCCGUUUUGGUGGAGUGGAUAUUCCUAACAGCCCAUUUACUGUAAUGGCUAAAGAUGCAGAUGAAGUUGCAGCAUUGUCACAGGAGCCAGUAAGCGCAUGCCCCCCUGGAUUUCAACCUUGGGUCACAGAAGAAGCUUACGUUCCUGUUGGUGACAUGAAUGGCAUGGGAUUUAAGCCCUUUGAUAUGGUUAUUCCAUUUGCUGUAAGGAAAGGAGAAAUAACAGGGGAAGUGCAUAUGCCUUCUGGAAAGACUGCUACACCAGAGAUUGUGGAUAACAAGGAUGGCACAGUAACAGUCAGAUAUGCUCCUACUGAGUUUGGACUGCAUGAAAUGCACAUAAAAUAUAUGGGAAACCAUAUUCCAGAGAGCCCAUUACAGUUCUAUGUGAACUAUCCGAACAGUGGAAAUGUGUCUGCUUAUGGUCCUGGCCUCAUUUAUGGUGUAGCAAAUAAACCAGCAACUUUUACUAUUGUCACAGAAGAUGCUGGAGAAGGUGGACUGGACUUGGCCAUUGAAGGACCUUCAAAAGCAGAGAUUAGCUGCAUUGAUAACAAGGAUGGCACUUGCACAGUUACUUACUUGCCCACCCUACCUGGAGAUUACAGCAUAAUAGUCAAAUACAACGACAAGCAUAUCCCAGGCAGUCCUUUCACUGCCAAAAUCACAGAUGACAACAGGAGACGGUCCCAAGUUAAACUUGGUUCUGCUGCUGACUUCUUGCUGGACAUUAAUGAGACAGAUCUGAGUCUCUUAACAGCUAGUAUUAAAGCUCCAUCUGGUCGUGAUGAGCCUUGCCUUCUGAAAAGGCUACCCAAUAACCACAUUGGCAUCUCAUUCAUUCCACGGGAAGUAGGAGAACACCUUGUCAGUAUUAAGAAGAAUGGUAGCCAUGUGGCAAACAGCCCUGUAACCAUCAUGGUGGUCCAGUCUGAGAUAGGAGAUGCCAGCAGAGCAAGAGUUUCAGGACGUGGCUUGACAGAAGGACGCACUUUUGAGAUGUGUGACUUCAUUGUAGAUACAAGGGAUGCAGGUUAUGGUGGAAUCUCACUGGCAGUUGAAGGACCUAGCAAGGUAGAUAUUCAAACAGAAGAUCUUGAAGAUGGAACCUGCAAAGUGUCAUAUUUUCCAACUGUACCUGGUGUGUACAUAGUAUCUACUAAAUUUGCAGAUGAGCACAUUCCAGGUAGUCCAUUUACUGUGAAAAUAAGUGGUGAAGGAAGAGUGAAGGAGAGUAUCACACGUACAAGACAGGCUCCCUCUGUAGCAACUGUUGGAAGCAUAUGUGAUCUUAACUUAAAAAUACCAGAAAUUGAUAGUGGUGAUAUGACAGCCCAGGUAAUGAGCCCCUCUGGAAGAACUUCUAAUGCAGAAAUAGUUGAAGUUGAUAAAAACACUUACUGUGUCCGCUUCGUACCACAAGAAAUGGGGGUCCACACUGUCGAUGUCAGAUACAGAGGUCAGCCAGUGCCUGGCAGUCCCUUCCAGUUCACUGUUGGGCCACUCGGUGAAGGAGGAGCUCAUAAAGUCCGAGCUGGGGGUCCAGGACUUGAGAGAGGAGAAGCAGGUAUCCCAGCCGAGUUCAGCAUAUGGACAAGAGAAGCUGGAGCUGGAGGACUCUCUAUUGCUGUAGAAGGUCCAAGUAAAGCGGAUAUUGCAUUUGAGGAUCAUAAAGAUGGAUCCUGUGGCGUAUCAUACGUAGUUCAAGAACCUGGUAACUAUGAGGUGUCCAUAAAGUUCAAUGAUGAUCAUAUUCCAGAAAGCCCCUACCUCGUUCCUGUCAUCGCUCCUUCAGAUGAUGCUCGCAGACUCACUGUCACCAGCCUUCAGGAGUCUGGAUUAAAAGUUAAUCAGCCAGCAUCCUUUGCUAUAAGGCUCAAUGGAGCAAAGGGCAAGAUUGAUGCCAAAGUCCAUAGCCCUUCUGGAGCUGUAGAAGAAUGUCAUGUUUCUGAACUGGAGCCAGACAAAUAUGCUGUUCGCUUCAUCCCCCAUGAAAACGGUAUUCACUCGAUUGAUGUGAAAUUUAAUGGCAGCCAUGUUGUGGGUAGUCCUUUUAAAGUCAGAGUUGGGGAGCCUGGACAAGCAGGCAAUCCAGCCCUUGUUACUGCAUAUGGGCCAGGCCUGGAGAGUGGCAUCACAGGAUUACAGUCAGAGUUUUUCAUAAACACAACCAAAGCCGGUCCAGGUACCCUCUCUGUUACAAUUGAAGGACCCUCAAAAGUCAAAAUGGACUGCCAGGAAACUCCAGAGGGUUACCAAGUGAUGUAUACACCCAUGGCACCAGGAAACUAUCUUAUUGGAAUUAAAUAUGGAGGGCCUAACCACAUAGUGGGCAGCCCUUUCAAGGCCAAAGUUACAGGCCAGCGACUGGUUAGCUCGGGCAGUGCAAACGAAACUAGUUCAAUCAUGGUGGAAUCUGUGACAAGGUCAUCAACAGAAACAUGCUAUAGUGCCAUUCCCAAAUCUUCAUCUGAUGCCAGCAAAGUGAUCUCCAGGGGAGCAGGGCUCUCAAAGGCUUUUGUGGGUCAAAAAAGCACUUUUUCUGUGGAUUGCAGCAAAGCAGGUUCAAAUAUGUUAUUAGUUGGUGUCCAUGGACCCACCAUACCAUGCGAAGAAGUAUCAGUGAAGCAUUUGGGCAACCACCAAUACAACGUAACAUAUGUCGUCAAGGAAAAGGGUGACUACAUUCUGGCGGUGAAGUGGGGUGAAGAACACAUUCCUGGAAGUCCAUUCCAUGUCACUGUUCCCUAAGCACUUCUAGCAUUAAUCUUUUUGUAUUACAUUUGUGAUGGCAGUUUAGAGUAAUGCUGUGUUCAGGCCUAUUGCAAAACUACAAUAUCUCAAUAUGCAGCUCACACUUCAGUGCAUCCAAAAGUAAAUUCUAGAGUUUUAUUUUUAGAAGCAUUUCAACUCUAUCUUUAAAUAUCAAUACAUAUAUAAUGUAAAUCUAUUUAAUAUUCUUCUAAAUUGUACCUUUCUGUGCUGUCUAUGGGUAACUCGACAUUUUUGAGAAUCAUGUGGAUAACGAGACACUAAUUUCCCUUGUGGAUGUUAAAGACUAGAUAUUUGAAAACUGGAAAUCGUCUAUGGAAUUGGGUAUCUUAAACUACUGAUUAGUUUUUGUUUUUGGGGGCGUUUUUUGACUGGAGACUUUACAUUUAGUUAUGGAAUAUGACUUGGGCUGUCCCCAGUUCAAAUUCUUUUUCUGUAUAGAAAUGAGGUAAAACUGGUACUUUAAUAUGUGCCUUUGUAUACUUGAUCCAUUUUUAAUGCUUAACAGAAUGAAGAGCUGCAAUAAGUUGCUUUACUACUCAAACUAAAAUAUUUUACCAAAAAAUAAAUGCUUUCCUAAGUUUACGUUUUAGGAAGUUGCUUGGUUUUUGGUUUUGUUUUUUUUUUCCAGCAGACCUAAAGCUGACUGAAUUACUUCCUGGAAGCUUUGAGUCCCCCAGCAUUAAUGCUGUGUAAAACUCCACAGCUAACUUUCCCCCAUGAUGCUUGUAACAGUGUUUUUAAUUUGCUUGGGCUUCUGGUGAAACUUCUUAAAGACAAUUGCUCCACAGGUUGCCAAAGUGAUGUGCAGUCAUGACUGGGUCUCAAACUCCCCAAAAGUCUUUGCUUCUAGGCACAAACUCCAGUCAGGUGGAUUAAGUAGAAUCACCGCAUCAAUCCUGGUUAUAAUGAGGUCUUUGGAGGUCUCAGUUCGUAGUUUAAAGGGUUAUCAGCGCAUGGGAAAGGACCAAAGGGUGCGCUUUUAAUAACAUUGGGUGUGGAGAAGAAAAAGCAAGUGAUGGGAAGCUAUAGUCAUGACUUCAAUAAAAAAAAAAAAAAAGCUCUAUAGAAGGGCAUCUAAAA